CAAUUCGUGACAUGGUUGCACAGAUGGAAAUUGAGUCGCUAUUGUAUUUGUUGGAGUGUGGUUGGCAUCGCUCUCACUUUUUGCACUCCAGAUUUUCCUUUUUGCAUUCUUGAACCACUGUCACUUUUACCGAGUCAUAAAGUCAUUGUUUUUCCAUGCAAUACGUGAGAUCGCCUCCACAAUCACCACGAUCGCCCGAUAUGUGGGAUCCCCGAGGGUCCAAACCUAUUUCAACCUCAUCGCGAUCCACCGCGCCUUAUUCUCGGUCCCCUUCUCUCGCAUCAUCGUCCAGUCGAGCUCACAGUAGUGCUCACUAUGAAUCCGCCGCACGCACCUAUUACCUGGAACUUAAAGACUACCUGACAGAAACCUUGACCAAGGAGGCAGCCGAAGGCGUACCUCCUCAGCGCGAUUCGGCUCGACAAAAAUUGUCAAGGCUCAAUAACUCUCAAUUUCAGGAACUGGCAAUGGAUGUAUAUGAUGAACUGGUGCGACGUCAAUCCAAUGGGAAGCAAGUACCUUUUUUGCCUGUCAGGGACGAAUUUCAUCCACGUCGUAAUCAAGCGCGACAAAAACUUGCCACCUUGCCUACUUCUCGAUUCAAAGAUCUCGCCAGCGAUGUCUUUUAUGAGUUAUCCCGACGAUAUCCUCAAUUUAAUGAGCCACAAGAACCUGUGCCGAGCAUGCCUUUAGGUUUCAAUGAUAACAAGGAUCAACGCCAUGAAUCGCGACCGCAGCCAUCGCAUUCAACAAAUAUUGUUCCGGUAAUGGGGAUGAUCAGCGUAGAAUCAAUCGAGCUUUCCGAAGAUGAAUCGAGCGGGGAAAAACGAUCGAUGGAUAGAUACACCGCUUCAGAAUCAAGGCCUUCCGUAGAUCAAACCGCGUCCUCCCCAAAACCUUCUUUGGAUAUUCCCAACAAUAACAACAACCUACAAUCACUCGACAGCCUAAUGGCCGAUUUAGGAAAUAUGGUCAGCACCCCCAAAGCCGAUGGCGUGCCACGAACCGAAUUUGCGUUUACAGAAAUGGAUCAGAUGCGCUCCAACUAUGAAUAUCGUAUUGCCGCCAUGUCAAAACGGAUUCAGGAACUCGAAGCUGGAUCAAGGGGAUCGCCCUCAACGUUAUCUACGAACAAGAUGGACAACGAAGGAGAACAGCGAUACACCGCAUUGCAAGAUCAAUACGCGCGUUUGGAAAAGCAGUUUGAAAAGUUAUCUUUGGAUCAUCAGGCGCAACAACAAGCGGUACGUGAUGUGAAGGAAGAAACCAAACAUUUACUGGCGCAACUGAAAGAUCUAUCGUCGGAAAACGAGGAUCUUCGACAGAAAAAAGAUCAAGCAGAAUCAGAAAUGGAAAAACUGCGAUACGAGCUCAAAGAGUGUCAAACCAAAUGUGAAAAUAUGCAACACGAACUGCGAAAUUUUAAAGCUUCUUCCAUGAUAUAUACUGCAUCUGUCAGUACAGUGGCGGGCCAGCCGCAUUUUUUGCAACCGACAGCCGAUGGCGCAAUUAAUCAUGCCCAUCUUGUCAGCUAUCAGCAGGCAGCUGACCAAGUAUCAUUAUUAGCAAGAUCCAAUGAUGCAUCUCAACUUUUGGCAUCACUCAAUCCACUAGUGAUCGCUUGCAAAAAGAUCUCGGCCGAUGUGGAAGCAUAUGAAGGACAAAGCAGGCUUUCAGCUCAUAUGCUUGCCGAAUUAAACAUCUUGAAGCCCCAGUUUUCCGAUGCUUUAACCCACGUUAUUCAGACCGCCAAAUCUCACGCUGCCAAGGUCCACGCUGGUGACGUGGUCCCCCCACCGAUCAGUUCAGUGGAUACCGCCGUGGGUCGUCUAACUGUCACAAUGGUGGGAUUCACCAAACUUUUGGGCAUUUUCCCCGCGACAGCCACUAAUGAUACCGCCACCACUUCCAUCGAAUCAAACGACGCACUAAGUCCUGAGGAAAUUUCGGAAUAUCUGAAAAGCGAGACGGAUCAAAUUGUCAGCAAGAUUCAGAGGCUAUUGUCGGUACUUCGUCAUCCUGACCAGAGCAAUGAAGUCAAUGCCAUUAUUACCUCGAUUGUGAAUAUCGUAUCCAGUAUCAUUGAGGUCUCCAAGAGCACAUUUGAUCACCAAGCAGGCGCCCCCUACAAACAGCAAGGCAACGAGAUUCUGGACAAUCUUCGAUUAUGUCAAGGCACACUCUGCCACAUCCGCGACACCGCUUUCACGGACGCUACUGAAGUGGCGCAUCCGGCCGCCAAACGCGAUUUGGCCAAGGAAUCGUAUGAAAUAGCAAAAUAUACAAAACAACUGAUCCAUAUUUUUAAUUACUGA